AUGUCUUCCUCCUUUUCUCUUGAUUCAGACGACGAAUAUGGCUACGAUCUUUCUUUGGAGGACGAGACUUUGCUGAGCCAGCUCAUUACCGACAACCCCGCCCCCACCUCUACCUCCUCGCGGAACCCCGCCGCUCCUACAAUCGCUUCAGACUUUGGCAUUGACACCGUCGCUGAAGAGGAGUUUCGCCUCAACGAUGCUCUUUCCGACGCCCUCUCUUACCGUACGACUGGCACAGCCAAGGGCCCUUUACGAUCUAGUCGGAGUCGCUCAAAGGCGACCUUUGCCGAAGAUACGAAACAGGCAGAUCUUUCCCCGACGUCACCUAGCCACUCCGUCACCUACCCGGAUUUGAGUAGAGCCCUCUCGAAUAGCAAUGCCGCUCCCUCAUCGCCAAGACCACUCGAGAAAGCCUCCCCUGAGCCAGAGAAUGAUACCCGAUCGCCGCUUGUGCGGUUUCGCUCGUUUCCUCGGAAGCCAUUUACCGUCACCGACUUGACUUCCGGCGCCUGGUGCGAGCUGCAGUACUUUUAUACACUCACCCGCCUGCCCUAUGGCCGGAGGACUCGCACGGCGGCGAUGAAGCAGGGGACAAAGGUCCACCAAGACCUCGAAGACGAAGUGCACACCACCGUCCGCGUCGAGAUUACGAGCAAAGAAGACGGCUUUGGUCUCCGGAUGUGGAAUCUUAUCCAGGGACUUCGAACACUCCGAGAUACCGGCAUGACCCGCGAGCUCGAGGUAUGGGGAUUCGCUGACGGGAACCUAGUCAAUGGUGUCAUUGACGGUCUGAGCUACGAGAACCCGGAUCCGGAGUUCACGGAGCAGCUGAGCCAGGAGUCUGAACAAAAACAGUCGAGCAUCACCGACUACUUCCCCUCCAAGAAGCAGGCGAGUAUACCACAGAUCUAUCUGACGGAUGUGAAGACGCGAGGGUCCAUGAAAGCGCCGAACAACCCAGCGUUGCUGCGGCCGGCAAAGGUGCAGCUCUUCCUCUACCAGAGGUUCCUGUCAGAAAUGGCGGCGGACAAGCUGGACUACCUUCGCAUCUUCCGACGGUACGGUCUAGAUCCGGAUGUGCCAUUUUCCGACUCGUUCAUUGCCCAGAUUGGCAGCCUCCACGACGAGCUGUUUUUCGAAUCAUUACCUGAUAGAAACUAUAUCCCGCCAUCUCCCAGCGCAGCGGCCCUCGAUGCUGAAAUAGAUGAAGCGAACCAAGAAAGCACCUCGGCGCCAGACUUUGUCAAGUACAGAACACUCCGGGAACUGCUCCCGCUUCUCGCAUCAGAACUGCGCCAAACAUUCCCUCACGGCGCCGACUCCGUGGGUCGGCUUCUCGCUGUGGAGUACAGAUACCGCGGAGACGGCUCGCUCAUUGACAGCCACGUGUUCCCCAUGGACGACCGGGCGCUGAACCUCUACCUGGAUAGCACAAUGGAGUGGUGGCGGGCAGAUCGACAGCCACGGGGCGUGCAGAUUGAGGAGGCAUACAAGUGUCGCAUGUGCGAGUUUGUUGGCGACUGCACAUGGCGGUCGGCCAUGGACGAGGAAAGGUUGCAGAGCACGCGGCAGCGUUUGGCUAGUCGGAGUAAGCAUGGUACGAGUGGUUGA